AUGGGACAUCUGUAUCACACUUCAUCUGCUCAAGGCUCUGGGUUCAUUCUCUUAGGGUUCUCAGAUCGGCCAUGGCUGGAGCUGCCACUCUUUGUGGUGUUUCUGGUGUCCUAUAUCCUGACCAUCUUUGGGAAUAUGACAAUAAUUCUGGUGUCCCGCCUGGAUUCCAAACUCCACACCCCCAUGUACUUUUUCCUCACAAACCUGUCCCUGCUGGACCUGUGCUACACCACGAGCACAGUGCCCCAGAUGCUCGUCAACAUCUGUAGCUCCCGGAAGGUGAUCAGCUAUGGAGGCUGUGUGGUCCAGCUUUUCAUUUUCCUGGCCUUGGGUUGCACUGAAUGCUUUCUCCUGGGCGUCAUGUCCUUCGACAGGUUUGUAGCCAUCUGUCGGCCUCUCCAUUACUCAGUCAUCAUGCACCAAAGGCGCUGCCUGCAGUUGGCGGCUGCGUGUUGGAUCAGUGGCUUCAGCAACUCAUUAUUGCAGUCCACAUGGACCCUUCAGAUGCCACGGUGUGGUCACAAGAAAUUGGAUCAUUUUCUCUGUGAGAUUCCUGCCCUACUCAAGUUGUCCUGUGUGGAUACCACCACUAUUGAAGCUGAACUAUUUUUUGUUAGUAUUGUGUUCCUUAUAAUACCUGUGACUCUUAUACUCAUAUCAUAUACUUUUAUCGUUCAAGCAGUGUUGAGGAUCAGGUCAGCUGAAGGUCGGCGAAAGGCAUUUGGGACAUGUGGCUCCCACCUAAUUGUGGUGGUGCUGUUUUAUGGUACUGCCAUCUACAUGUAUCUGCAGCCACCAUCCCCUGCCUCCAAGGACAGAGGGAAAAUGGUGUCCCUCUUUUAUGGGAUCAUCACACCCAUGUUGAACCCCCUGAUCUACACACUUAGGAACAAAGAGGUAAAGGGAGCUUUUAAGAGGUUGAUGACACGGGUCUUCUUGGCCACAAAAUAA